AUGAAAAAUUGUGCUCCGUUAACAUUAUUUUUUAUUGCAGGCGCUAAUAUAAUCCUGACUUCUCGCAUACUUCAAAUUGAGACAGGAGAGACCUUUGCAUUGCAAUCUGUGAAUAGUGAAGAAGCAGCAAAUAUUGAAUCAGUAAUGGGCUGCCCUCUUAAAUGCGUAGACAUAUGUUUCCAAUUUACCAAAGGCAUAGCAGCAGCUCAAUGCCCUCAACAGUGCGGCUGUAAACACUUACUGACCCCAGAACUCUAUACUCAGCUUAAAAGUGGACUUUUAGUCCAAAUCGACGAUGUGCCUAUUAUCCAACAAAAAACAUAUACAUAAAAAAUGGCGUAUGGCGACCGACCCACCCUCUCAGUGGUGGCUACCCAUGUAUAUCCGGGCAUGGUUUUUGGAGCCAGGAAUUAGCCCAACAACGUCUGGGACCUCGAAGCGAGAGGCCUAAGCGCGAGAGCCGCUGUUUUUGCGACCAGACCUAUGGGCAGUUAUUCGUGACUUCUUUUUGCCAGCAGCGCUCAGCCCAGUGAGUGCCCGAAAUGAGGCAGGGUGAAUUACCUGCCUAAGCUGCUUUAGUGGCUCGCCCCGAAUGGCGAAAGCUGUUGAGUUCUUUCUCGGGAUGACCGGAAAAGAGGGGAGGCGAGUUAGACACCAAAACGGGGGUCUCUCCAGUUGAAAAGGUGCCCUUCAAUGGGCAGAUCUGGCGGACGACGAAGCGGAGUUGGCGUAAACUUAGGCGACGAUCCAAGUUGGAAAUGGAGGUGGUCAGCAAAGCCGGUAUGAGACGGCCCUUGACAAUACCUCUACCGAGAAGCCGGGGGUUUCGGCCCGGGCUUGGUGAACGCUCUGCCACCACACGGGAAACCGUGGCAUGCGACCUCAGACGUAGUAGGGACCUUAAAUACCCAGCGUAAUCUUAAUCUUAAUCUUAAUCCAACAAAAAACAAGACCCUACUGAUAUUGAAGCUGAAAAAGCCCAUUUUGAUGGCUCCACUGAAUCCCACAUAGAAGUGGAAAUAGUCAGUGCCGACCCAAACAAUAAAGAAUUUGCAUAUAGAAAAGUCAGUACAAGAAGAUACAAUAGAAUAGAAGAAAGCCCCAUCAAUGAAGAAGCCAAAAUUAUCAGUCAGAUUAAAAAUGGAGCAACUAUUGAAGAUAGCCAAGAGUCAAAUAUAGAAAAAGCUGCAUUUAAUAAUUAUGAAAAUCAAGAGAAUUCGUCUGGUAGUUAUACUAGCACUGAUUUAAGGACAGAAACAUCUAUAAACCAAGGAUCUGUAUAUAAAGAAAUAGAAAUAAAUCGGGUUAUUAUCAAACCGAUUCAGAAAAAACUUUCCAGUUGUGAACUAGACUGCUCUAGCUUCUGUAAAGAAGCUACUGACAAUAAAGAAUCAUGCAAGAGAGCUUGCAAUGCUAAUUUUUGUGAAAAAAAUCCAGCCAAAAUGAUAGCAAAUAAGCCAGAUAUGAAAAGUUUCUGAAUUUGGGGAUGGAUCAUUACAAUUGCAAUUCUUGGAGUAGCGGUUUCUAUGUUCCUUAAUAAAGUUGCAGGAGGUAAACCAAGAAAAGUGGAGUUGAAUGAUUUCACUCAGUCUAGUGCAAGCUAUAAAAUACUAGUUUAA